AUGUCUUGUGCGAGUACGAAUCGUCUGCUUCGAAUCUUCACCGCCAAGCCAUCCACCACCACCGCCGCCACCGCCGUCCUCAACCCUGUGGCCAGGAGCGAUAUCUACAAGUCCACCGUGUUGCGUCUGGCGAAGGUGAAGGCCUUCCCAAUGAUCGAAGAGAUCCUUGAGGACCAAAAGAACUACAAGCUUAUCUCCUUCGAAGGCUUCGUCAUUCGCCUCAUCUCUCUCUAUGGUAAAGCUGGCAUGUUCGACCAUGCACUCGCACUGUUCGACGAAAUGCCAACCUUCAAUUGCAACCGCAUUGUCAAGUCCUUCUCUGCCCUCCUCCGCGCUGCCGUCUCCGCCAAGAGGUACGACGUCGUUGAAGAGCUUUUUCGCCAAUUUCCUUCCAAGUACUCCAUACAGCUUAAUGUUGUCUCCUAUAAUGUCGUUACUUAUGCGUUUUGUGAUAUGGGUUCCACUGAUUUGGCUCUUGGAAUGCUUCGCGAGAUGGAGGAGUUGGGAAUGGAGCCUAAUCUAAUUACCUUCAAUACUCUCCUUGGUGCGUUUUAUGAGAAGCGUGGGUAUGAAGAAGGUGAAAAGAUUUGGGCACUGAUGCAAACCCGGGAUGGUGUUGAUCCUGAUGUCGUGAGUUAUAAGAUGAGGUUGAAGGGGAUGAUUCUUGGUGGCCGAGUAAUGGAAGCGGUUGAGCUAGUUGAUGAAAUGAGAUUGAAGGGGGUUCAACCUGAUGUUCAUUGUUUCAAUGUCUUGAUUAAGGGUUUCUGUAGUGAUGGCAAACUGGAAGAAGCUAAGCACUGGUAUGAUGAGUUGGUGAAAUGUGUAGGCACUGCGAAUCGUACUACUUAUGGCACUCUUGUUCCCUUUCUCUCUGAGAAGGGUGAUUUUGAUAUGGCUUUUCAACUCUGCAAAGUUGCUUUGGCAACCAAUGGAAGGUUGCUUAGUGAUGUGGGAGUAUUGAAGGGUGUCGUGGAGGGGCUUUUUUCCGAGGGAAUGAUUGGAGAAGCUAAAACGCUUGUCGAUCUUGCAAGGAAGAAGAAACUGGAAAUAGAUUUGCCCCAAAACAUGUGGUAG